CGGUCGGGUCAGGCCGGGGGCCACCAGUACCGCCGCGCGGGUCCCCACGGUGGUGUACGCCAUGCGCGCGCUGCUGCCUCUGCUGCUGCGCACGGGCCGGGGGUGGCGCGCGGAGCCCGCUGUCGCCGCCCGCCUGCCGGGGGGAGCGAGCGCAGGAAGCGGGGCGCGCCGGGCCAUGGCCCUGUACCGCACGGAGGAGCGCGGCCAGCCCAACUCUCCCGAGUACCGCCUCUUCUUCAAGAAUGUAGCUGGUCACUACAUGUCCCCCUUUCAUGAUAUUCCUCUGAUGGUGGACUCUAAAGAGGCAAAUGGCAUUCCCACAAAGAAGGCACGAAGUGAUGAAUAUGAGAAUUUGUUUCAUAUGGUUGUAGAAAUUCCUCGGUGGACAAACGCUAAAAUGGAGAUUGCCACCAAGGAGCCACUGAAUCCCAUUAAACAAGACUUAAAGCACGGCAAGCUGCGCUACACGGCGAACAUCUUCCCUCACAAGGGUUAUAUAUGGAAUUAUGGGGCUCUCCCUCAGACUUGGGAAGAUCCCCAUCAAAAAGAUAAGAACACAGACUGCUGUGGAGAUAAUGAUCCUAUUGAUGUUUGUGAAAUAGGCUCAAAGGUUCUUUCUCGUGGAGAUGUUAUUCAUGUGAAGAUUCUUGGAAUUUUGGCUCUUAUUGAUGAGGGUGAAACAGAUUGGAAAAUAAUUGCUAUCAAUGUAAAUGAUCCUGAAGCUGAAAAGUUUAAUGAUAUUGAUGAUGUUAAGAAGUUCAAACCAGGCUACCUAGAAGCUACUCUUAAUUGGCUCAGAUUUUAUAAGGUACCAGAAGGAAAAGCAGAAAACAAAUUUGCUUUUAAUGGAGAAUUCAAAAACAAGGCUUUUGCUCUUGAAGUUAUUAAACAUGCUCAUGAGUGUUGGAAAGCAUUGCUCAUGAAGAAGUGUGAUGGAGGGGCUAUAAAUUGCACAAAUGUGCAGGUAUGUGAUAGCCCUUUCCAGUGCACUCAAGAGGAAGCAAAAUCAUUAGUUGAAUCGGUCAUAACAUCUUCACUGAAUAAAGAAAGUAAUGUAGAAGAGCAUGUAUGGCACUUCCUUGGCAAGUGAUUGGAAUAUCUGAAGUUCUGCCAUCAAGAUUUCAACCUCUAAGGAACUUCAGGACUCCCUUUCUCUUAAGUGCUAGUGGCAGACAGGUGUGAGCAUUUGCUGACUUCCUGUUGAAAAGUCAUUGUUGUCAAACUUUUUGAAAUAUGCAAUGUAUAAAUAAAUACCAAAAUUUUUGAGUUUGUCUCGUUUGGACAUUUAUUGAUAUAAAAUGAAAAGAUUUGGUUUACAGUAGAAAUUUAGGACAUUGUUUUGAAGUAUUGAAGUUUUCUACCUGAAGUAACAUAAUGAUUUUAUUAGCUUUUAUGUCU